AUGGCACAAAGGGAGCGCGCAUGGAAGGAACUCGUUUCACUCACUUUGAUAGCCUUGCUGUACACUUUCUACGUUCAGCCUUGUUUGGGUCUGGUCCCCCCUGCCAUCUUUCGCAAAAGUCUUGCCCGGCAUGUCACGAAACCAGCUCACUCAGGCCCUCCGCUCCUGGUUACCCGCAGUGUGAAAGAAAAGCCGGAGUAUGCGAAGCUGGAGCGGAGGGGGGACAGCGAGGCUCGGGGGAGGGCAGGUCAGCCGUCACUGGGAACGGAGAAGGAUCUUGAUAGGAGAGAGUUCAUGCAGAUGCUCGCAGCUGUCUUCUACUUCGUGGUCGGGACUUGCGCUGGAUUCUUCUUCAAGCCUGCCGAGAGGAGGCAGAAGAGUCUGGAGGAGGAGAUGGAGACGACGAGGAUGGUGAAGAAGGAGGUCGAGGAGCUGUCAAAGACUCUCUCAGAUGGGAAGAAAGACGCUCCCGAUCCGACUCCUCCUCUCGUUCCUCUAGUUCUUUUCUUCCGCCGGAUGCUCAUGUUAGACAUGAACAAAGUAAUGGGGACAGACUCUACCUUUACAGAGCUCUUGCUGUACAGGUUGGACUACUUCCUGUCCUCGAGCCCCUACGCCAAGCUCAUGCUCCUGCUGAACAUCACCAUGCUUGCCAUCCUCGGCGGAAGCUUGCUCCUGGUGCUCUUCCAAGGAGAGGACUUCGGAACAGCACUGUGGGAGUCCUGGACGUUUGUUGCAAACCCUGGGACUCAGGCUAAUGUUCAGAACCCUUCGGAGCGGGUGAUCGCGCUGUCGAUCACGGUUGCUGGGCUGCUUGUGUUUGCUGUCAUGAUAGGUCUGAUCACGGAGACAGUCUCGGAGAAGGUAGAUGAGUUCAAGAAAGGAAAGAACAGGAUCUUCGCUCGCGAUCACGUGCUGAUCCUAGGGUUCUCGGAGAAGUGUCUUGAUGUGAGGAGAGAAGAGGAGGAGGAGCUGGUUGGCGGGCACGGGGAGGUGACAUUCAGGAGUGGGAAUCCGCAGUAUGCCAGCGAGCUAGAGAAAGUUCGGAUCGAGUACGCGAAAUCGAUACUCGUGCUAGCUGGAGACGAGCAGGACGUCAACGAAGCUGAUUCCGACGCUCUUCGUACGAGAUUGAAGAGAAUAGAAAGAGCAGGAGCAGGAGCAGGAGCAGGAGCAGGGGUGACGACUAUUGAGGAGGGCCAGGACGAGGACGUUGAUAACAAGCAGAUUGUCGCGCUCGCGUCAAAUGAUUCAAAGAUCCUGGUCGUCAACGACAUAGUCGGGCAACUUAUGGUUAUCAAACUUUCACUUCACUGUCCUCAAUCGUUUGACGUCCUUCUAUCCAUAGCAAGGGACGACGACUCCUACACUGUCAACGACGGUUCUUUCUACCAUAUGAUCUCUCAUCUCGACCAUAUCGUCCCCAAGGGCAGCGAGCUCUGGCUCCUGAGCAGCAUCCCCGUCUACCAACGACGAGGGCUACUGGAGGACGUCGGUCAGCGGGAGAACCUUCAGCUUGUCAACUUGAAGAUCAAGCACGUGUACGGCAACCCGACCAUCCGCAAAGACCUCACUUCCCUCUCCUGCCUUGACAUGUUCGGUGAUCCGACAGGUCAGGUUGUAAACCUGCUGCACUUCGACACAAUCAUGGUGUUAGCGGAUGAGUUUGCGAUGCAGACAGGCUCAUCGAAGAAGAGCGCAGACGGGAGGUCCCUCGCCUCCUUCCUCCUCCUCCGUGACAUCCGCCGCUUGCUGCUGGCAGGGAAGCAGGGCUUCUUUUCACGGCCCAGGGAGGACGAGGGAAAAGAUCGAAUCAUCUGCGAAAUGCUGCAUGCUUCUUCCUCGCGCAUGCUGCUGCGGGAGCUCGACUGCCGGGGGUACGUGAUGUCCAACAGGAUCGUCAGCAGCGCUAUGGGGCAGCUGCUCAUGAACGGGCAGAUGAGCUCGGUGCUUGCUGAGCUCCUUUCCCCAGCUGGGAACGAGCUGUCGAUCAAGCCGGUGACGGAGUACCUGGAGGAGGAGGAGGAGGAGGAGGAGGAGAUGAGCUUCUGGGAGCUGGCUGACCGGGCACUGAGCAAGGGGCAUGUGCUUGUUGGGUACAAGAGGAAGGAGGAGGAGUUCAAGUCCAUAGUGGAGAUGAGCGAGGAGGAGGAGGAGAAUUGCACCAAUGUUAACCCGCCUGAGAAGAUGAGGAAGCGACGGUGGAGGAAAGAAGAUGUGGUGGUGGUUCUGUCAAGGACGACGACGUUCAAAAAGUAA